UUCUUAACAGAUGAUCAGAAGAUAACCUUAUCAAAUAUCAAAGACAUUAUUGUCGACCAAAUCAAUUCCUGGAAUGUUCAAAAACUGCGUGCCCAAGUUGGUUGGCCUGUACCACCUGACUUAGAUGUCCUUCAACCAUUUUGUGAAAAGAUUGCUCUGUUGCUCUUGAAACAAAUGCAACAAAUGAAGCAGUUCUGGGAAGUUGAGUCGUUAAAUUAUUUUGAAAGAAUAUACAAUGAAACAAAAAGAACUUUUGCUGCAUUUAUCAAAAGAUGCCUUGUAAUUGAAAAACAGCCUUCAUCAAUUGUAGUUAAGGGUACCAAUGGCAAACACAUAGAAGUCUCUCUGAGACUCCUAUUGGGGAAAAGGUUUUUCCAGGAGAUAUCCUACUUUCCAGACAAUGUUACUUGCAGCCUUCACUUGUAA